AUGGCAGGGGCUUGGAAGGCACUGGUGCUGGUAGCAGGCUUGGCAGCCGUGGCCUGUGUGGGCCAGCGUGGUCUGAGCUAUGAAGAGAUUGUCACCCAGGCCCUGAAGUUCUUCAACCAGGGGCGGCGAGGACAGCGCAUCUUUGGCCUGCUGGAAAGCACCCCGCCGCCACCUGGUUUGAACUCCACCACGAUCCCGCUCAACUUCAGAAUUAAAGAGACUGUGUGCUUCCUGUUCCGGUACCGCCGAAGACCCCGACAGUGUCCUUUCAGGGAGGGCGGGGAGGAGCGGAACUGCACCGGCUCCUUCUUCAUGCUGCGGCAACUCCGCCUCCUGUCGCUCAACUGCGUGCCGGACCGUGAGCUGGAGCGGGAGCCCCGCCGCCGGGGGAGGACUCUGCUGAGUCUUCCGGGGGAAGACCCUCCACAACUUGACAGCUCCAAUCUGCCACCUGCGGCCAGGGACCUGUACGAGAGAGCCAAGUACGACAUCCUCUCCAACAUCCUGAGGAAUUUCUAG